CAGUAAGCAGAAUGCGUCGUCGUGGCCCGUUACACGUCCGCGCACUGCUGUACCAAUGUACUUUGUAUUUCUGCCUACGGAAAAUAAGCGCUCACCGUACCGGUCAUGCUGUCAGACGGAAAGAAAGCAUCCCUAACGAAGAAAAAUAUCUUUCCGGUAAUUAAACCUACAAUUGGUUUCACGCAAGGAGUGUAUUUCUUAUAAGCAGGAGUUCCCUGGUUUCUUGAUAGGAAUGGUUUAAUAUCGCACUGCAGAAUAAUUCUUCGUAGCCAAAGCACCGACUAGGCAAUGUGGCGUGCGAAUGGUGCCAUAUCCCUUACACUGCUAGUUGUUUUAUGGAAAGUUGGCGCUGCAACAAGCUCCGGGGAUGCAGAAAACAAAACGCGCUCCCAAUCGUCGCCUGCCGGAACCAUCAGUGAGGCGUGUCAGUUUCCAUCCUGCAAAGAAAUAGCUGCCAAAUUCCUCGACAGGAUCAGUCCCGAUAUCGAUCCAUGCAGUGAUUUUUACGAAUACAGCUGCGGAAAGUGGCUAGAUGCGCAAGACGACGGGACCAGCGAGUUUGUUAAACUCGAGCUAAAAACCCGUGAAAUGGGCAAAAAACUUCUAAACGGAGACGUGAAACCUCGUGGCGCAGCAUUUUUAGCCGAAGCCAAGAUAAAAGCGCUGUACAAGCAGUGCACUGACUCCGAAGAGAUCAACCGGCUGCGCGGUACGCCCAUUAUUGAGAUCCUCCACGAGUUCAACGGAGGAUGGCCGUUCCUCUCACCGGACUGGGACGCAUCCCGUUUUAACGUCAUGGACGCUCUGGUCAGCAAUAUGUUUUUCGGCAGCGACCCGUUCUUCUCUGUGCUCAUCACCGGGGACAGGCAACAGCCGUCGGUCAAUCGGAUUGUAUUAUAUUCUAUGACAGCAUUCGCCAAGACCGACAUACUCCUCGAUGCGGACUCCGCAGCAGCGGCUGCGAUGGACUAUGGGUACAAAAUUGCCUCUGUCAUCGCGCGCAUGCAGCGUGAUCAAAACCAGUCCCUUAGCCUCGAAGCCAUGCAGUUUAACAUCGAAGCCCUGAAGCCCAACAUCACAGAUAUAAUUGAAAUCGAACAGUUUUUAGGCAAGGUCCAACUGACAGCGGUGGAAAUGACUAAUGACACCAUCAUGGUCAACAAAUUUUCUCUGAAGUCCUUCAAAGCACACUACAAUUUCCGCUCGGCCAUUCUGCGUAACAUCACCGAGUACAUUCAGGCGAUUUUUGCCGUCGCCAAUAGUUCCGAAGCCAUCAGCGAUGAUACGAUCAUCAUUGUGCCUGAUACGCGUUAUUGGCCGGCACUAGAUGCAAAGCUCAUCGAGCUCGAGGAACAUGGAACGGAGGGCCGGCGUCGUAUGGCCAACUACAUCGGUUGGAAGCUGAUUGAAAAUGUCUUGAAUUAUCUGCCCGCAGAGUACUCGUUCGAUCAUAGCGACCGGACGUCUUUCAACGUCAACGACACCUGCCUGGAUAUCAUGAAGGAAACGAUGCCGCUGGCAUUGGGUACGCUGUUCGUCAGGGAUGUGGUUCCGAAAGACAUGAAGAAAAAUGCCACGCUGAUGAUUAACGACAUUCGUGCCGGAUUCCGGGAGCUCCUGGACGCUGCCGACUGGAUGGACAACGCAACGCACGCUACCGCAGUGGACAAAUUAGCGAAGAUGGUAGACAGUGUGGCGUACCCGGACGUGAUGAUGCCGAUUCAAGCCACGUUUAUGGGCAGCAUUCUACAAACGAAGAAGAAUAAUCUGAUUCGCCAACUGCGAACCAUAACGCAAUCGCGUCGUCGUUAUGAUCCACUGGCGGUGAGAGACACGCAGGAUAUCAGCGUCAUCAACGCGUGGUACCUUGUGCCUCGAAAUGCACUAAUAAUUCCUGCCGGCAUUUUACGGAUUCCCUUCUUCGAGACAUCCGCACCGCAGUAUCUGAAUUACGGCGGCAUCGGCACGAUUAUCGGACAUGAAAUCACUCACGGAUUCGAUGAAUUCGGCGCCAAGUACGACGCGGACGGUGUGCGACGCGUAUGGUGGACCAGCGCCACAGUGGUGGAGCACGAGCGACGCGUCGGAGGAAUGAUUCAACAGUACAACCAGUACACGGUGCCCACGGGAAAGGUCAACGGCGCGCUCACCUCCGCCGAGAAUGUCGCGGACAAUGGGGGAAUGAAGGCGGCACUCCGAGGAUACCUUCGCUAUCUUGCGCGGCCUGGUGUUCGCGAACCGCUGCCGCCAGGAAUGGACAGUUUUACGCCGCUGCAGCUCUUUUUCCUUUCCGCGGCGCAAGUGUGGUGCAGCAAGAGCAGUCCGUAUCGUGAGCGACAGAACUUACUGACCGAUCGGCACGCACCGACUAAGUGGCGUGUCAACGGCGUGGUAUCCAAUAUCCCGGAGUUCGCUCAGAGUUUCAACUGCUCCCCGGACGCCCCGAUGAAUCCCGUCAUAAAACAAGCUGCCAAAUUCCUCGACAGGAUCAAUCCCAAUAUCGAUCCCUGCGACGAUUUUUAUGAAUACAGCUGUGGCAAGUGGCUGGAUGUGCAGGAUUUCGGGACCAACGAGUUUGCUAAACUCGAGAAAAAAACCCGCGCAAUGGGCAAAAAACUUCUGAGUGGGGACGUGAAACCUGCUGGCGCAACAUUUGCAGCCGAAACGAAAAUAAAAGCGCUUUACAAGCAGUGUACCGACACCGAAGAGAUCAACCGGCUGCGCAGUACGCCCAUUAUUGAGAUCCUCAACGAGUUCAACGGAGGCUGGCCGUUCCUAUCACCGGACUGGGACGCAUCCCGUUUUAACGUCAUGGACGCUCUGGUCAGCAAUCUGUUCUUCGGCAGCGACCCGUUCUUCUCCGUGCUCAUCACCGGGGACGUGGAACAGCCAUCGGUAAAUCGGAUUGUGUUGGAUUCCAUGACACCAUUCGCUAAGACCAACAUACUUCUCGAUGAGGACGCCGCAGCAACGGCUGUCAUGGAUUAUCGCUCCAAGAUGUUCUCAGUCAUCGCGCGUUUGCAGCAUGACCAAAACCUGUCGCUCAACAUCGAAGCCAUGCAGCUUUACAUCGAAGCCCUGCAGCCUAACAUCACAGAUAUAAUUGAAAUUGAACAGCUUCUGGGGAAGGUCCAGCUGACUGCUGUGGAAAUGACUAACGACACUAUUUUUCUCAACAAAUUUUCUCUAAAGUCCUUUAAAGCACACUAUAAUUUCCGCUCGGCCAUUCUGCGUAACAUUACCGAGUACAUUCAAGCGGUGUUUGCCGUGGCCAAUCGUUCCGAAGCGAUCACGGAGGACACAACCAUCAUUGUGCCUGACGUGCGUUACUGGCCGGUACUAGAUGCGAAGCUCGUCGAACUGGAAGAACAGGGAACGGAGGGUCUGCGUCGCAUGGCCAACUAUAUCGGCUGGAAGCUAAUUGACAGUGUCCUGGAUUAUCUGCCCGUAGAGUACUCGUUCCAGCAUAGCGACCGGACUUCUUCUAAUGUUAACGACACCUGCCUGGAUAUUAUGAAGAAAACGAUGCCGUUGGCGUUGGGAACGCUGUACGUCCGGGAUGUGGUUCCGAAAGAUAUGAAGAGAAAUGCCACUCUGAUGAUUAACGACAUUCGUGCCGGAUUCCGCGACCUUCUGGACGCCGCAAGUUGGAUGGACAACGCAACGCACGCUGCAGCAGUGGAGAAAUUAGCAAAGAUGGUAGAAAUCGUGGCGUAUCCCGACGUUAUGGUGACGAAUUUUUCGGCAAUCGAUUCGUAUUACGGCACGAUGCCGGUUCAAGCCAGUUUUAUGGGCAGCAUUCUCCAGACAAAGAAGAACAAUCUGAUUCGCCAAUUGCAAACCCUUACGCACCCGCGUCGUCGUUAUGACCCGCUGAGAGACACACAGGACAUCAGUGCCGUCAACGCGUGGCAGAUAGUGUUUCGGAAUACGCUUAUGAUUUUGGCCGGCAUCCUUCGCAUUCCCUUCUUUGAGGCAUCCGCACCGCAGUAUCUGAAUUACGGCGGUAUCGGGACGAUUAUCGGGCACGAAAUUACCCAUGGCUUCGAUGCUUACGGCGCCAAGUACGACGCGGAAGGUGUACGGCGCGUUUGGUGGACCGAUGCCACGGUGAUCGAACACGAACGGCGCAUCAGAGGGAUGGUGCAGCAAUACAACCAGUACACGGUACCCACAGGAAAGGUUAACGGCGUGUUUACCGCCUUCGAGAAUGUCGCGGACAACGGCGGCCUAAAAGCGGCACUCCGUGGAUACCUUCGCUAUCUUGCGCGGCCUGGCAUCCGCGAACCGCUUCCGCCCGGAAUGGACAAUUUCACGCCGUUGCAGCUCUUUUUCCUUUCCGCUGCGCAAGUGUGGUGCAGCAAGAGCAGUCCGUAUCGCGAGCGACAGAACUUACUGACCGAUCGCCACGCACCGCCCAAGUGGCGCGUCAACGGUGUGGUAUCCAAUAUCCCGGAGUUCGCUCAGAGCUUCAACUGCUCUCCGAACUCCCCGAUGAAUCCCGUCAUAAAGAACGGUGUUUGGUAGUUAAAUUAUUCUUAAUGCAAAUAUUUCGCGCACUGUAAAACUGGCUUGGACGAUUUUCGGUAUCACACUCAGACGAGAUAAAAUGCAGCCGGCACAGUCUAUGCAAUAA